AAAAUGGUCUAUACUGAACGAAAUGACAAGUGCAUGAGCAGCACCGGCAAGGAUAACUUCUCAAAAGUCCAAAGUCACUCAAAGCAGAAUACUGGAUCAGGACCCGCAACUGUAUCAGGAUCCAACUGGAGCCGUCAAGCUUCAAGUGCCGAGAAGUGGAAGUACAACUCUAUGGUGAAAAACGACCGCGAUAAUUUCGACGGAAUGCAUUUCUCCUAAACACAAUCUCAUCCAUAAUUGGUGUCAGAGAUGCAUUUUUUGUUACUUCAAGCUGGAUUUAGUGUUUCGCUUUAGGUUUAUUUUAUGCACUUAGGGUUAGCAAUGUGAUACAGAUAAAAUUAAAAUAGUCCAUUGGUUGAAAAUUAAAAAAGAAAAAGAUGCGCAAAUAA